GAAGUUCGCAGCAGCAGCAGCGCGAGUAGACGAGCCGAGUGGAGCCGAGCGGAACCGGCGCGCAGCGGGACCCUGCGGAACUCCCGGAACUUCCCGAGAGGAGGCGCUGCUACCUGCACAGGGACUAAGUAACAAGGGGAAGGGACACAAUAAUAAGAGACGGUAUUUGUGGGAGUUUUAAUUUUUUUUAUUUUUAGAAGAUGCCCAGUAAAAAAAAGAAAUACAACGCUCGGUUUCCACCGGCGAGGAUAAAGAAGAUCAUGCAGACGGAUGAGGAAAUUGGCAAAGUGGCGGCUGCGGUUCCAGUCAUCAUCUCACGGGCGCUAGAACUCUUUCUGGAAUCUCUUCUGACAAAAGCCUGCCAAGUCACACAGUCACGGAAUGCAAAAACCAUGACAACGUCACAUCUAAAGCAUUGCAUUGAGUUGGAGCAACAGUUUGACUUUCUGAAGGACCUGGUGGCAGCUGUGCCAGACAUGCAGGGUGAUUCUGAGGACAACCACACAGAAGGAGGGGAGAAGGUGUCUCGCCGAGGACGAAAGCCUGGAUCAGGCCGCAAGAAUGGGGGUGCCAGCACUAAAGGAAAAGAUAAGAAGCAGUCAGGGACUGAGUCGGAACAGGAGGAGGACUCAGAAGACAGUGAGACAGAAGGUGAGGAGGAGGAUGGCUCUCGGUCAAGCUCAAACAUGCAGGCUGCUACCCGAUUCCAAGGCGUCAGUGUGCCCUCGCCAUACGUCCACAUGGGUGCAACACAGGGAGGCCUGGGAACACCACUGAGUUUUGUCCCAGCACCCUCACUGCUGGGCUCAGCACCCCCUCCACCUGCCUGCCUGUCUGGUGACAAUGAUGAAGAUGAUGAAGAUUAUGACUCCUAGCUCCACCCACUUUUUAACUUUCUACUUUUUGUUUUAUUUUAUUAGGUUUGGGGUCGGGGAAGAGACUCAGUCUUGGCCCUCGCUGAGGGAAAACCUAUUACUCAAAUAGAAAGCGUUGACACCAGCGCCAAAGAAGGAUACCAGUUUGUAUAUUAUGUGUUUUACCGUUCUCCUUUUUUAUUGUGGAGAAAAUGUCUUUCUUUUUUUAUUGACAAACUUACUCCUUUUGGGUGCCCCAUUUUUUUCCACAGAAAUAGUAAACAUUGUUUUAAAUGGGCUCCAAAGAUAGCACAGUUAUGUCAGGUGCCCCUUGUAGAAUGCCGUUAGCUUUUCCCUGUAUGUUUCCUCACUAGUCCUCCAUUCAGAUCAAGAAUGAAAACUACACUCCAGUUGUUCUCCAUCAUAGGCAAUAUUUAAUUAUUUCUGAAAUUACCAUUUAUCUCAAGGGUAUGGAAAUGCAUGUCAGCAUUUUCAAAUCUUUGAGCUUGCAAGCUUGAGUUAAUUGCAGUUAUUUUAAUAGACAAGAGCACAAAUAAUUUUUGAGUUGGUGAAUGGUGUUUAACAGUUCUUUCUUUUUAGUGAUUUGCAAAGAUUAGAGAACAACAGUGGUGCAAGUAAAGGCCCGUUUAUCCCCCUGGUUUGGAAUAUUAGAAAAAGAUUAUUACUGUAAAGUUCAAGUGACAUGAAAGUGAAUGGAUGGGGAGGAGGGUACUUUCAGCAGCUCUUUCACUUUUUCUGGUUCUGUAGAGUUUGCAAAGGAAGAGGGGAUGGGGGAGUUUUUAAUUGUCGAUUGUAAGCGCUUUAUACUGUCGUUUCAAAGGUUCCCUUUUAUUUAAUUUUAGUAACGUAACAUUUCACACAAUACUACCAGUAAAGUUUAUAUUUUAUUUUGGACUUGUAGUGAGGAUCUGAGGACUUCAGUCUUUUUCAUGGAAGAUGUAUUAUCAGUGCAAUGUGUUUAAAAAUACACAGUAUUUUCCCUCAACCUGUUUUUUUUGCAUCUUAAUGUCCCCAAACAUGCCCAUAAUCUUCAUAAGUCCAAUUAGGUUACAUAGGAUAGGUCAGCUGUCUUUUGUGUAAUUUCAGGUAUCUUUAUAUACUCAGAUAAUACUUUUAUAAGCUUGAUAGAAUCGCAAAUCCACUCAUUUAAUUUACACAAAAUCACAGAAUAAGACCUUGAACACUUACCAUCAUAAAUCCCAUUAAUUGGCUCUCAUAUCAAUAAUGUUACAUUACAACUCCUGACCCAAGGCAAAAUGGCAGUACUGAUGCUGCAAUACUGAAAUCUGACUUGAAA